UUUUCAGGCGUCACAAUGCGGGAGAAGAAAGGCGGCGCCCUGCAGAAGCUCAAGAAGAGGCUGUCGCACAGCUUUGGCAGAUUAACUAUUUCCCGCGAGGAUGGCGACGAUUCGACACAUCAUCAUCAUCAUCAUAAUCAUCAUCGCGGCGGCGGCGCCCAUCAUAAUCACGGUAAUAAAGUUCCAUUCAAUGGCUACAACUCGGAGGAGUAUCUGGAUCGCCUCGAGCCCAAUGGCAAUAUACCCGCUGACAAAACGAAUUGCAGAUAUGGCGCACAAGAAUCUGCGAAAAAUGAUAAUAAUAAACCACAAGACUGGCGCAGCACGGACAGCACCGACCAUCAUGAUCGCGUACAGCGACAAUUGUCGGUCUCGUCGGACAGCAAGCUGUUGGACGAUGACAUCAGGGAGGAGAUGAAGUACCAUUCGCAUGUCGUCAUGCGACCCAAGAAGCCGCCCAGACCCAAGUCCGAGGUCUUUCUCAACAAACAGGAUCCGCAUCCGCGACGCAAACGUUUCAGUGCAUUUGGGGGCGACUCACCAUUCGGCAAGCAGGAGGCCUAUGUUAAGCUGGAACCGCUCGGCGAGGGCUCCUAUGCGACAGUCUACAAAGGAUUUAGCAAAUUAACCUACCAGCGCGUUGCACUGAAGGAGAUCCGGCUGCAGGAGGAGGAGGGCGCACCAUUCACGGCCAUACGGGAGGCGUCGCUGCUAAAAGAACUGAAACACAGCAACAUUGUGACCCUGCACGACAUCGUGCACACCCGCGAGACGUUGACCUUUGUCUUUGAAUAUGUGAAUACCGAUCUAUCGCAAUAUAUGGAAAAGCAUCCGGGUGGCCUGGACCAUCGCAACGUGCGCCUGUUCCUUUUCCAGCUCCUGCGCGGCCUCUCCUACUGCCACAAGCGUCGUGUCCUGCAUCGCGAUGUCAAGCCGCAGAAUCUGCUAAUCAGCGACUGCGGCGAACUGAAGCUAGCCGACUUUGGCCUGGCCCGUGCCAAGAGCGUGCCCAGCCAUACGUAUUCCCAUGAAGUGGUCACGUUAUGGUACCGUCCACCAGAUGUUCUGCUGGGCAGCACGGAGUACUCGACGUCGCUGGACAUGUGGGGCGUUGGCUGCAUAUUUGUGGAGAUGGUGACUGGUAUGCCUACGUUUCCGGGCAUACGUGAUACAUACGAUCAGCUGGACAAGAUAUUCAAAUUGCUUGGCACGCCCACCGAGGAAACGUGGCAGGGCGUCACACAUUUUCCCGGCUACAAACCGCACAAGCUGGGUUUCUAUCGACCACGAAAACUGGGUCACAAUUUUCCACGGCUGUACGAUAUCAUCGAGGGCGAGACGAUAGCGAACGCGUUCCUCCAGCUCAAUCCCGAGCAGCGCAUCGGCGCCGACGAGGCACUGCAGCAUCCCUACUUUGCGCAAUUGCCAAAGAAACUCUACGAAUUGCCAGACGAAACCUCAAUUUUCACCGUGGAAGGCGUGCAGCUGCAUGCGGAACCGAAUCGACAGAAUAAAUGAAAAUUAAAGCAGGUCCUCUCAGUGGAUGGCGUACGUUUCUAUUGUUAGACCCAACUAUUAGCCCAACAACAAACCACAAACAACCACAACAACCCAGCUAAACAACCCAGCAAACAACUCAAGCAACAAACAAACAACAAACAAACAAACAGCAAUUGGCAGCCAUCAAAGUCGCGCAUCUUAAACCAUAAUUUGUCCAAUAAUCAGUGCGAGUGAGACAGUGAGUGUGUAUGUGUGUGUGUGUGUGCGUGUGUGUGUGUGAGCGAGACAGCAGCAUUUCAGUCAAAUAUAUAUAUCUAUAUAUAUAUCGUGCCUGGCUGGGCAUAUAUUAGUUACAUUUAGUUAGGCUACAUUCACGUCAUCUUUUAUAAGGAUACUCAGAGUUUAGUCAAAUUUUUGCUUUGCCCCUGACUUUUUCU